UACCAUAUAUAACCAUCACCAUCAUAUGUCAAUUAUCAUGCAUCCACCUAUCCUUCCAUCCUUCCCUCAUCCUCUAUCCAUCAAAGAUAUUCGCAUUAAUGAUGGAGUAAUGGAAGAUUGUCCAUGGGAAAUGGAAGUGGGAGGUUGAAGAUUUGGAGGGGUUAUGGUUAGAAAGAGGCUAAGAGGAGGUGGAACAAUCUUGGGGGUUGUGUUGGGAGUAUUUGUGGUAGGAAGAAUGGAUGGAUGGAUGGAUGGAUGGAUGGAUGGAUGGAUGGAUGGAUUAGUUGGUUGGUAGAUGGUAGAUGGAUAAUUGGAUGGACACAUCCAUCUCAAUCCCCUGUCCAUGGCAGCCGCAGAGAAGCCAGAAGAACUGCCCCUGCCUACAGAGGAACCAGAGCAUGAGAAACCCAAAACUCCAGCACCCGCAACUGAGGCACUCCCAGCACGAGCAGUACUGGGGGACCUGAAGGUCACCAGUGUCAGCCCCAGCUCUGUGCAGCUGCAGUGGAGCGUCCCCGAGGGCCCCUUUGACUCCUUCAUGCUGCAGUACCGGGAUGCCCAGGGCCAGCCUCAGGCCCUGCCCAUCGAUGGGGAAUCUCGCUCUGUGACUGUGCCGGGACUGUCCCCUUCCCACCGGUACCGCUUCCACCUCUAUGGGCUGAGGGGAAGGAAAAAGAUUGACCACGUCUCCACCGAAGCCAUGACAGGUAAGGGGGAAGGUCAGGGGAAGGAAGGGAGAGUGGAUGUUGUCACCCCCAGCUCUGUGCAGCUGCAGUGGAGCGUCCCUGAGGGCUCCUUUGACUCCUUCAUGCUGCAGUACCGGGAUGCCCAUGGCCAGCCCCAGGCCCUGCCCAUUGCUGGCGGGUCUCGCUCGGUGACGGUGCUGGGGCUGUCCCCAUCCCACCGGUACCGAUUCCACCGCUAUGGGAUGCACAGAGGAAAAAUUAUUAACCAUGUUUCUAGUGAUAUCAUCACAUGUGAGAGGGAAAUUCAGAGGAAUGAAGGGAUGAGAGAUAGAUGGAGGGAUGGAGAGGCAGAGACAUCAAGAGGAUUGAUGAAUGAUGGAUGGAUAGCAGUUAUGGACAGUGGCCACACCCAUCACUGUCCCCUCUGCAUAGCAGCCACAGACAAGACAGAGGAGCCACCCUCACCCUCCGAGGAGCCCCAAACUGAAGCCCUGCCAACUGACAACAACCAGCCUGAGCAUACCCAAAAUGAGGUCCCCCUGGUGCGGGCAGUGCUGGGAGAGCUGAGAGUCACCAGUGUCACCCCUGACUCUGUGCAGCUGCAGUGGAGCGUCCCUGAGGCCCCCUUUGACUCCUUCAUGCUGCAGUACCGGGAUGCCCAGGGCCAGCCCCAGGCCCUGCCCAUCGAUGGGGGAUCUCGCUCCGUAACGGUGCCCGGGCUGUCCCCAUCCCGCCGGUACCGCUUCCACCUCUAUGGGCUGCGGGAUGGGAAGAGGACCGACCGUGUCUCCACUGACAUCGUCACAGCUGCAGCCAAGCCAGAGGAGCUGCCCCUGCCCUCAGAGGAGCCCAAGCCUGAGGUCAUCUCAUCAGAUGCCCCACCAGCUUGGGCAGAGCUGGGGGAGCUGAAGGUCUCCAGUGUCACCCCUGACUCUGUGCAGCUGCAGUGGAGCGUCCCCAAGGGCCCCUUUGAUUCCUUCAUGCUGCAGUACCGGGAUGUCCAUGGCGAGCCCCAGGCCCUGCCCAUCGAUGGCAGGUCCCGCUCAGUGACGGUGCCGGGACUGUCCCCAUCCCAUCAGUACCGCUUCCACCUCUACGGGUUGCAAGGUGGGAAAAGGGUUGACCAUGUGUCCACCGAUGUCGUCACAGAUGCAGCAGUGCCAGAGAUGAUGCCCAUACCCUCAGUGGAGCCCCAACUUGAAGAUCACAAACCUGAGCAACCCCAAACCGAGGUCGACCAGGGACAGGUUGCACUGGGGAAGUUGAGGGUCACCAACGUCACACCCAACUCCGUGCAGCUGCAGUGGAGCAUCUCUGAGGGCUCCUUCGACUCCUUUACACUGCAGUACAGGGAUGCCCUGGGCCAGCCCCAAGCCCUGGCUGUUGAUGGGGGGUCCCGCUCGGUGACAGUGCCUGGGCUGUCCCCAUCCCACUGGUAUCGCUUCCACCUCUAUGGAGUGCGGGGCAGGAAGAGGAUUGACCGCGUCUCCACCGAUGUUGUCACAGCUGACCCAGAGGAUCUGCCCCCACCCUCAAUGGACACCCCAACUGAGGCCACUCCAUCUGAGACCCCGUCAGCACGGGCAGUGUUGGGAGAGCUGAAGGUCUCCAGUGUCACACCCAACUCUGUGCAGCUGCACUGGACUGUCCCAGAGGGCCACUUUGACUCCUUCAUGCUGCAGUACCGGGAUGCCCAGGGCCAGCCCCAGGCUCUGCCCAUCAACAGCAGGUUGCGCUCGGUGACGGUGCCAGGGCUGUCCCCAUCCCACCGGUACCGCUUCCACCUCUACGGGCUACGGGCCAGGAAGAAGAUUGACCACGUCUCCACUGAGAUUGUCAUAGCUGACAGGGAAGCUGCAACUGUGCUAGAGGAGCUUCCCCUGCCCUCAGAGGAACCCCAAGAUGAGAAACACCAAACUGAGGUCCCCACGUCUGCACCCACCCUGGCGCAGGCAGUGCUGAAGGAGCUGACAGUCUCCAGUGUCACCCCCAGCUCUGUGCAGCUGCAGUGGAGCGUCCCCAAGGGCUCCUUUGACUCCUUCAUGCUGCAGUACCGGGAUGUCCAUGGCCAGCCCCAGGCCCUGCCCAUUGAUGGAGGGUCCCGCUCGGUGACGGUGCCGGGGCUGUCCCCAUCCCACCGGUACCGCUUCCACCUCUAUGGGCUGAGGGGAAGGAAGAAGAUUGCCCAUGUUUCCACCGACAUCGUCACAGCCACAACCAAGCCAGAGGAGCUGUCCCUGCCCUCAGAGGAGCCCCAUCCUGAGGACCCCAAAGGAAAAGACCCUCCAACUGAGGCCACCCCAUCUGAGGUCCCCCUGGAACGGGCAGUGCUGAGCGAUCUGAGGGUUUCCAAUAUCACCCCUGACUCUGUGCAGCUGCAGUGGAGCGUCCCCAAGGGCUCCUUUGACUCCUUCAUGCUGCAGUAUCGGGAUGCUGAGGGCCAGCCCCAGGCCCUGCCCAUCGAUGGCGGGUCUCGCUCGGUGACGGUGCCAGGCCUGUCCCCAUCCCGCCGGUACCGCUUCCACCUCUACGGGCUGCAGGAUGGGAAAAGGAUUGACCACGUCUCCACUGAGACCACCACUGGUGCCCCAGGGACCCUCUGGGUGGGCUCUGUGUGGCCCCGCAGUGCCUGGCUGCACUGGGACGCCCCACACACCCCGCCUGAUGGCUACGAGCUGAUGUAUGGCCCCCCCGGGGGACCCCAGCAGACCCUGUGGCUGCCUCCCGAGGCGACGUCGCGGCAGCUGUGGGGGCUGGAGCCGGCGAGACGCUAUGGGGUGCGGUUGUGGGGCCGAGGGGGAGACCCCCAAACAGCCCCCCUGGAGGCCACCUUUGACACUCGUGAGUGGGGGGAGCUGGAGGGCGUGUUCCAGCGCCGCCAGGACGGGGGCACGGAUUUCUGGCGGGGGUGGGACUCGUACGCCCGCGGCUUCGGCAACGUCAGCGGCGAAUUCUGGCUCGGCAACGAGGCUCUGCACGAGCUGACGACCGCGACCCCGACGGAGCUGCGCGUUGACCUGCGGACUGCCCGCGACUCCGCCUUCGCUCUCUAUCGCGACUUCGCUGUCGGCAGCGCCCAGGAGCGAUAUCGGCUCCGAGUGGGAGCGUUCAGCGGCACCGCCGGGGACGCCCUCUCCUACCACUCGGGCAGCCCCUUCUCGACAAAGGACCGGGACUCCCGGGACCCUCGGGACCGCCGGGACCCCUCGGGGCGCCCCCACCCCCCGCCCUGCGCCGUGGCCUACGGGGGAGCCUGGUGGUACCGAAACUGCCACUACGCCAACCUGAACGGGCGCUACGGGACCCCCCGAGACCACCAGGGCAUCCACUGGUUCCCCUGGAAAGGCUUCAAUGUCUCCAUCCCCUUCACCGAGAUGAAGCUGCGGCCGCAGCGGGGCUGAGGGGGCUGGGUCCCCUGAGUGCUGGACCUAGGGGAUCCCGGAGUCUGAGGGGACCCCUGGGUGCUGGGGGGUCCCAGAUGUGACCUGGGGAGGCUCAAAGAUAAAACUUUUAUUGGAGGGUACUAAAAGCUGAUGGUGAUUC